AUGAAUGGAUGUUCAGAAUCUUGUCCUUUAUGUAAAAGUAAAUGUGAUUUAGAAUUCAAACACAUAUCAGUUCAUCAAUGUUAAAAUGGUCAUUAAUUAAGAGGUAUUGAAUAUUAAUAAUAUAGGAAUGAAUGGUGUAUUAAUAAAUGAUUCAAUUCCAUCUUUGUUUAGUUGUGAGGAAAUUUAAGAUGGAUUUUAAAUAAAAAUAGAUGAAAGGUAGAAGAUUGAUACAUGGAAACAGGUUAAGGAAAUGAAUAUAGAAUGGAAAUUCAGAAGCUCAAAUACUGAAAUAAUUUAGUAAAAUAAAGAAUAAAUGAUGACAAUUUGGAAUAGCGGUAUUGGAUAAAUAAUAUGUAAUUAAUUUUCAUAAAAGUUUAACAAAAAAAAUAAGUUUACAGAAAAAUCGUUAAAUUAAGAACAAAAUGUAUACUCCUCUAAAACACAUCACAUUUUCAUGCUUGAUAGUUCAGAAUCAAUGGCUGGUUAAAAUUGGACAAAUGUCAAAAAUGGAGCUAUUGCAGGAAUCAAAAUAUAUAAUAAAAUCAUGAGGCUGUAGUAAGUGUCAUUACAUUUAAUGAUGGUGCAGAAAUAUAAAUUUAAUGUUUGAAAACUUAAUAUAAUAGCGAAAAAUAAGAUACCCAACACCGAGGAGGUGGAACUAAUUUUGACCAACCUUUUCUUACUGCUUUAAAGUUAAUUUAAUCUUAUCCUAAAUUUGAGAAGUUUUUUAUUAUUUUAGCUGUUAUUUUAUACUGAUGGUUAAGCUGAAUACCCUCUAGAAGCAAUUUAAAAAUUUUAAUCCCUUCCUCGAGAAUAAGCAAAAAAAAUUGAACUUAUUGCUUGCACUGAAGAAUAGAGUGCUAUUGUCUUAACAUAAUUACUAGAAGCAUUGAAAAAUCUUAUUUCUUUGGCAGAAUUAAAAUAUUCUGUAACUACAUGUACUAUUACUCAAGUUUGGUAAGAAGUGAUAAAUUAGUAAUAUCAUAAAAUUAAAUGUUGA